AUGGCCUCAUUGGAAAGCUUGCUGGCGGCCGGAGCGGCGCCGCCUGCAGAGGGGGGAAAGGUUGCCUACGAGCAUCCUUUGGUCCAACGGUAUGCAUCAAAGGAGAUGAGCUUCGUGUGGUCGCCGGUCAAGAAAUUCCGCACGUGGCGGCUGCUAUGGAUUGCCCUCGCCACGGCCGAGAAGGAGCUGGGGCUGGACAUCACGGACGAGCAGCUUGAGGAGAUGCGUUCCCAGGUCGACAACAUUGACUGGGACUACGCCGCUAAGAAGGAAGCCGAGUUCAGGCACGACGUCAUGGGCCACGUGCAUGCCUUCGGCCACGUUUGCCCCAAGGCCAUGCCGAUCAUCCACCUGGGAGCGACGUCGUGCUUCGUCGGAGACAACACUGACAUUGUUCAGAUCCGCGACGCCCUCCUCCUGCUCCGGCGCAAGCUCGUGAAGUUUUUGGACGUGAUGAAGGCCUUCGCCGCCGAGCACCGCGCCCUGCCCACCCUCGGGUUCACUCACUACCAGCCGGCACAGCUCACCACCGUGGGGAAGCGCGCCACACUUUGGAUGCAGGACUUCGUCCUGGAUGUGGCCGCCUUGGAACGGUGCAUCGAGGAUCUGCCGAUGAGGGGCGUCAAGGGGACCACAGGCACGCAGGCCACCUUCCUUCAGCUUUUUGACGGUGACCACGACAAGGUGAAGACUUUGAACCGGCGAGUGGUGGAGCUGAUGGGCUUCGACAAGUGGAUCCCGGUCAGCGGGCAGACGUACAGCCGCAAGAUAGACUACCAGGUGUUGACGGUGCUGAGCGGCGUCGCUCAGUCGGCGUACAAGAUGUGCGGCGACGUUCGACUCCUUGCCAACCUGAAGGAGGUCGAGGAGCCCUUUGCCAAGACGCAGAUCGGGUCGAGUGCGAUGGCCUACAAGCGCAACCCGAUGCGCUGCGAACGCACGUGCUCCUUGGCGCGAUAUCUCAUGGGACUUCCUGCGAUGGCGGCGCAGACACACGCAUCUCAGUGGUUCGAGCGCACCCUCGACGACAGCGCCAUUCGCCGGAUGUAUCUGCCGGAGGGGUUCCUAUCUGCCGACGUCAUCGUCACCCUGCUGACCAACAUCGCAGAUGGCAUGCACGUGUGGCCUGGGGUUGUGCGGGCUCGAGUCAUGGCCGAGCUACCCUUCAUGGCCACCGAGAACAUUCUGAUGGCCUGCGUCAAGGCCGGCGGGGACAGGCAGGACUUACACGAGAAGAUCCGCGUGCAUUCGAUGGCGGCGGGCAUGGCGGUCAAGGGGGAGGGUAAGCCGAACGACCUGAUGGACCGAGUCGCUGGAGACCCAGCUUUCGAGGCGGUGCACGGGGAGAAGCUGGCGUCUCUAAUCGACCCUUCUCUCUUCAUCGGCAGAAGCCCAGAACAGGUGGACGAGUUUCUGGCGGAGUGCGUGGAUCCCAUCCUCGACAAGCAUCAGGCAUUGCUAAAAGAGGAGAACGUCGACGACGUCAACGUCUAAGAGUUUUAUUCACACGAUCGAGGCUGCUACGUCGGGAAAGCGCUCUAGUUGCCCCUUGUGUUGGCGGUAUGAGUUGGUGAAGGCAGAGGGAAUGCGGAGGGCCACGGACGCACCCUGGCGUAUCUUGUGGCAUGUUCC